CACGUUCCGCCAGCCAGAGCGAUCUAGUCGGUCCGAUGCUCAGUUCCCAGCUAGCUCUCACGCGUAUCGGACGGCUUUCGGUAGAGUAUGGUGCCAGUUGUAUAAACGCGCGCGCCCGUUCCCGUCUGUGCUUUUACGGCAGUUUUAAAGCAAAUUUUACUGUACGUCGUUACUCAUUUGCUCUCCUGUUGCAUGCUGGUGCUAAAAGUGGCGAAAAGUGUGAUCAUACUUGUUCGCGCGUCUGUACUUCAUUGUGUUCACAAGUGGCCCAAAUUACCGUACUACGAUAGCAUAAGAAUAGUGUAAAUUGCGAUCUCCUUUCAUGCGAUCUUCGUGUGAUCACUUCUGUGAAUGCUAAGUGAAGGCUUGAAGCGCACACCAGACGCAACAGGUUGUUCUAGUAUCGAUUGGCAAACACGCGGCUCUGUGUGUUAUGGUUGUGGAGGAAGCCAAUAAAAAAAGAACUCCCGAGAACAAUUUUCGGUGAAAGGUGGAAUAAACACAUAACAACAACAACAACACUUAACCACCAACAGAGGGUUGAAGCGAGCCUUCCGUUCUUCUUCUCCGAUUAGUGGGUAACAAACGAAGUAACGAAGAACUUCCUCUGAAAUUGCGAUCAGAUGCGAGCGGAUCUCGAACACAAUUCUUAACUGAAAGAGAUACGUGAAGAAUAUACAUUCUCCACAGCAACUUCGAGCUCACAUACAAUAUCUAUGCCAAUCGGGUUGUUCGGAUCUUCAACGUGCUUCAACGGGAACUCUACUGGAUGUGGAGGGGUUUUCGGGUGUGAAUUCUUCUUCCUUGAGAGUGUGUAGUACGGGCACGGCCAGAUCACAAAAACACCACAAAACAGGUUGCCGUGACGACUUCCCCUGCAUAACUGUUCGUCAAAACUCAUUGAUUAUGGGAUUGCAAGCUACUGUCUCUCGUCCCCGAAAACGGUUUACCACAUCUUCACCACGAUCGUAUUAAAAAUCGUCUUGAAUGGAAAAUGCAACCACAAACACACCUUCCCGAACUGAAGAUUACUUUGUUUGGAUUAAUUCUUCACCUUCUCUCCUUUCGUUCGGGUCUGGGAAGGCAGAAGUUGCCUGCCUUGCAAGAAUGAGGUCUUCCAUACACACACGCUCUUCUUCCGUAAGGGGCAAGGCUAGCGGAGCUAGCAUAGCAGAAGUAGCACAAGAGCAUGCCGUGACGUUACAGUUACAUCGCGCUCUGUUCCGUUUUUCACCGUUUGCGCCGUGGAGCGCGUUCCUGCUGGUUGCUUUUCUUUCCCUCCGCCGUCCCUCCGCUCACUACUCUCGACCCCCGGAUGAAGGGGUGAACUUGCUCAUUCCUGAGGGAGGAUGGCGAGGAGAUCGAGCUUGAUCGCAACUUCCCAGGUUCCGGUACUGGUUAGCGUUAGCAUGCCGGUGUUGCAUGUACAAGUGGCGAAGAAAAAAGCAACCUUCCCUAACUUGCUCUGCCCUUUUUUUUACUUGGGAAGGGAAGACAAACAUAAAGAGAGUGAAGUUUUGAUGAGCGGUCUGGCUUUUUUUUCUCACCUCAUCUCAUCCGUUGGGAGCCAUUUUAUGAGGGGAGUUGAGAUACACACAAGCUUGCAAACAAUGAUGAUGGUCAACCCAUCCUAUAGUGUACCCGGUCACCUCGAUCCGGUGGUGUAUUAGUUUAUGUUUUAUAUUUUUAUAUCCUUCACCUCUAGAGACAGAGAGAGAGAGAGAGGAAUAGACUACUUUACACACAAGUGUGCAUUUUUGGGGAACAUUUUGUUGUUGUUGCUGGUUGGUUUUUGGUGGAAAAAAUUGGAAAUUCCUGCAUUCGUUACAACGCCGCGCGUCUCGUGCUCGUUUCGAAGCUCGUUGUUUUCGGCUCGGUUUCGGCUGGUGAUGGUGGUCAUGCCGCAAAAUUAGUCGAGUCGCUCUGCUAUAGUGCUUGUGAUCUUCAUUAUUUCACCACCGCCGUUUGUGAGAUAGUGCGCGUCAGCUUCACCGUCAUCGUAAAUCACGCUCGAAAGCAGACAUCAAAAGCUUCGGGCACGAGUUUCAAAUAAGUCCAAAAAAACAGAAAAAGGGGAAAAGAAGAAGUGUAGUUUAGUGUAGUUGGGAAAAAUGUGCGUUGCGUUUUUUUUUGGGAAAAUUGUAUUGCAAAUGAUAAGAUAAGAAGCUACGAUCGUGAGGCAUCGUUUGUGUGCGCGUUUGCGUGUAUGGUGUAUAAGUGAAGAGAGGUAUUGCACAGCUUUAUUUUAUGAAGCAAUUCAAUCGAAAUGUAGUUGUGUGUGUGUGUGUUUUUGGCGAAAAAAAAAUCCACUAAUUUGUUAGUGGGUCAAUCGGUAUGUGGAUUUAUGAUCGUACUUUUUUUUAUGUUUUUGUUCAUGUGAAGUCUUUCGAAAAUGUGACAAGAAGUUUUACAGCACUUGUGGAGCAAACUUAACUGGAGCAAACGUACAGUGAAAGCACAUCAAUCCGAACCGUGAUCAAUUCAAAUGAUUUCAAUUAUUUUUUUUUCUAAUUAAUUUUUCAUCCAUCUGCAAAAUCUUUUUCCUCAGUGAUUGUGAUUGAUUCAUAGUCGAUAGUAAAUAUCGAAUGAAUGCACAAUUUUAGAGUGAACAACAACACUUUCGCCACAACAAACAACCCCUUAGAAAUGGCGACAUAUUUUGUUGUAUGUUGAUCUUAAGUGAGUGUGUAUGUGUGUGAUUAGUGCAUGUACAUAAAAGAUUCCGUAUCACCCGUGCAGCAGGUGUAGUGCAAUAUUCGAGAAUUUAGUGUUUAAGAAAAUCGUGGCCGCUCACCGGGCGAAAGUGAACGAUCUUUCGCUUUAGACGGUUAGAGGAGCUUGUGGUUCCGGGUUUUUUGCCGGUGGAGACGCAUUUGUCGCAAUGGUACUGACGGCGGCUACUACCACAUCGUCGGCAUCGACCGUCGUACCCGCCCCGAUGACACGUUACGAUCGGGCCCUUCCGGUGAACGCUCUGACGGAGAAGCGUUACUCCGAUCGACGGUUACGGCCGUGGCCCCCAACAUACAACUACGGCAUACCGGGCGGUGGCGGUGGAGGAGGUGGCGGACCGGGUGGUGGUGCCAGUGGUUCCACCAUGCUGUCUAUGCCCGGUGGCAAAUCGCGCUGGAUGUCCGGCGGGUUGUCCGAUUUGGGUGCGGGCGGUGGUAUGCGGGGUGGUGUCGGUAGUUCCGCCGGAAGUAUCUACGGUGGAAGUGUCGGUGGUGGACAGCCCCGAUAUCUGUACGCACCGCCCGGUGCCCUGAAGCGCCAGAACAGUGACUUUUUCCUGAACGUUAAAUCCUCCUCGCUGGCCGCAUCGUCCGGGGCGGGUUACGACUAUAACAACAACUACGUGGUAAACAACAUUGCCGCACGGAAGGUGAAAAACAUCGCCGGCAUGACGGCGAUCGUUGACAGUGAUAGCAACAUGGAAGUUGUACGACGGAUGAGGCGGCAUUCGACCACGCAACAGAACAAUUAUCUCCAGCAGCGGUUGCAAAAGCAACAACAGUACCAGCAGCAUCAUCAGCAGCAACAACAACAUCACCAGCAUCAUCACCAACAGCAGCAGCAACACCAUCAACAUCAGCAGCAGCAGCAACAGCAGCAGCAGCAACACCAUCAACAUCAGCAGCAACAGCAGCAGCAACAAUUUUUCAAUGUAAGCGCUUCGACCCGAUCUCGCUCGAAGUCGAUGGAAGAUUUCGGCUCGAGUGGGUUCAUCAUCGAGAACAGCUACAAGUAUCGUACAAAGAAUGUGCUAACCGCCACCACCACAACGGCCGGUGGGGUUUCAUCAUCCCCGCACGGCCAUCUAAAGCCCUCGCAGCAGCAGCAGCAGCAGCUGAACAACAGCAGUGUAAAUAGUAACAAUCUGUCCCUGGCCGGUGGUGCCGGUAGUCGCGUGGUUAGUCCAAACCAAUCAACCUCGUCGGCACCGCACCAGCACGCUAACGGUGGUAAGCGAGCCCUGCGCCAUUACAACAACAACUUCGGCAACAAUCUCAACGGUGGCCAUAGCUACGACAAUCAGCAUCUGACGCACGGGAAGAAGCUGCUGUCGCUCAAGAACCAUCGCUCGGUGGACAAUCUGCUCGACAACGUCGACAUCAACUACAGCCAAUAUUACCAGCAAUCGGACCAAAAUCGACCACGAUUUGUGGCGGUAACGACGCUGGAGGAUGUACAGGCGGUACGAUGUGCGGAGUUCCAUCCGAAUGGGCGUAUUUACGCGGUCGGUUCCAACUCGAAGACGUUCCGAAUCUGUGAAUAUCCAUCACUAUCGGAGAUAAGGGAAGACCACAGUACGUACCAACCGACCGUACUGUUCAAGCGAACGAAACACCACAAGGGAUCGAUCUACUGUAUGGCGUGGUCACCGGCCGGUGAUCUCAUAGCGACCGGCUCGAACGACAAAACCGUCAAGCUGAUGCGGUUCAACGAGUCGCAGAAGCAGCUCGAGGGCCAAGAGAUGGAGCUAACGAUGCACGAUGGUACGGUGCGCGAUCUGUGCUUUCUCGAGGAUAGUUCGAACAAAUCGAGCCUGCUGAUCAGUGGUGGUGCGGGCGACUGUAAGAUCUACGUCACGGACUGCGAAACAUCCACCCCGUUCCAGGCACUCAGUGGGCACGGUGGCCAUGUGCUAUCGCUGUACAACUGGGGCGGCGUAAUGUUCGUUUCCGGUUCACAGGAUAAAACCGUUCGAUUCUGGGAUCUGCGUACGCGCGGAUGUGUCAACAUGGUUACCCCCGCCACGUCACCGGGCUCACGACAGGGUUCCCCGGUGGCGGCGGUUUGUGUCGACCCAUCCGGAAGGUUGCUGGUGUCCGGACACGAGGAUAGCUCCUGCGUAUUGUACGACAUCCGGGGCAAUCGACCGAUCCAAUGCUUUAAACCUCAUUCCGCUGACGUUAGAUCGAUUCGAUUUUCACCCUCCGCGUACUAUCUGCUGACCGCCGGUUACGACAACAAGCUGGUCCUGACCGACCUGCAAGGCGAUCUCACGAUGCCAUUACCGUCGGUGGUCGUCGCCCAGCACACGGACAAGGUGAUAUCGGGCCGCUGGCAUCCGGUCGAUUUCUCGUUUCUCUCCACCUCGGCGGACAAGACGGCCACCCUGUGGGCGCUGCCACCGAUCUAGAUCGCCAAUGAACCACGACCCGCCAAGAAGCGAAAUGGCAUCGAAUUGAUGGAAACCAUCCUCCCCUCCCCCUCCCCCCAGUGCACGAAUUGCGCCAUCCCCCAAAACAAAAAACGGGGGGGAAGCGGUGCACACUUGUUAUGUUAUCUGUAGAGGAUUUGUUUUUGUUUAGUAUUCGUUUUUCUUUCUUUUCUUCUUUCGUUUGUUCAUACGUUUAUGCUCGUCUACUGCACGGGUCCGGUGGUGCAAUGCGGCAUCACCCAACGAGCUUUGUACGAUUAGCAUUUUCUUUGCUUUCAUUUUUUUUUGUUAUUCGUUCGUGUAUGGAAUGUGUGAGGUAUAAAUGUGCGAGUGCGUGGCAUCGCAUGUGCCUACCCCAUACAACAAGUCACCGGUGUACGUUAUUUUUGUGUAUUAUAUAUAUGUAGCAUCUAAUGGGAAACAAGUUGCAGAAAUAUGCUCCCUUUUUUACGGCUCCAGCAUCGCACUAAUGCUGCUCAAAAGACAAGACGUAAAGUCAAUCAAGACUAACUUUGCAGCUACCACCACCAACAACAACAAAACACACAAACUUUGCAUCCCUACCAACCAACCCUUUUUGCCCCUUUCGCAUGUCCCAUGUGCAUCACCAGUGUGUGUGUGUGUGUGCGUUUGUGUGUAAAAAUCUACCACCAAUUGCUUUGUGUCUAGCCGGCAGCAAAAAAAAAGGGAAAGCUAGUGUAUUUAUGGUAUAAGACAUAAGUGGACAAAAAAACGGAAUCUAACGAUAUUGUAGCAAUUAUAGGCAAAUCAUUAAAAUGGAGGAAUCAUAAAAGGAUAAGAAAAGAAAGAGCAAAACAUUCUGCCAGCGAAAGGAUAAAAAUUGGUUCUUAAUAGCAGAAGAAGCAAAAGAAGUGCGUUAGUGGUUUGGUUAUAGUUGAAAUAAUUUUGUCAUAUCCCACUUUCUGGUGAUAUUUCUUCAUCAUAGCAUCACAAUAGAUUAACGUGCUCAUACUGAACGAAACGGCUUAAGUGUGGUUUAGGUUACGAGAUAAACAAAAUUGACAAGCAAAAAAAAAAAACAGAUGAAACAAGAACAUUUGCUACUUUGGGUGUUAAUAUUACUGCUGUUUGGUUUAGUAUUUCUCUUUGCUACUUUACUUUUUUCCAUCUUCUACUUAUUUUAAUCUAUUUAUAUUCAUUAAUGUUUAAUUUAAUGUUCUUUUCAUUUACUUUACUUACAUUACACAAGUUGUGUAGUAUCGAAAACGAUCGAAGUAUUUACGAAAAGUAUUACUAUCACUAUCACAAAAUUCUCGUUACUAAAUUAUUUUUUUCAUUUCUAGUCUUCUUUUUCGCCCAAAGUAUGCAAUUAAGAAAAAAAAGGAAAUAGAAGAAAUCCAUAUGAAAUUAUUCUCAAAGGCUGAACACACACACGAAUGAUAUUCCAAUGUUUUUAGAUAUUAUUACUUUAUCGCCAGGGCAUUACCGCUCUGUAAUGGAAGCUAACGGAGAAAGAAUAUUAAGAUCAUUCACGUUUCAAACAAGUCAUUGAUUCACAUUAACCAAAUCAUAACUCCUUCACCGGGCUAAGGGUGCGAAACAAAAGGAAAAAGGGAACCAAAACACGAGACCACAAUCACACACGAAGUGCCGAAGUGUGACGUGGCUCGUGGCACUUUGCAGGACCACCCAAAAGAGCCAACCAGUGGUAAACAUUCAUCAGUUAGCGUUCGUUUGCUAAACAACGUGAGAAACUUGUACUAAUCAUUAGCGGUAGAGACUGAGAGCGAAUGACGGAGAGACAGAUCGAAUGGUGAAAAUGAAAGUGAAUCCGUUUUGAAGUGUUGCAGGCAAUAAUAGGGACAUUUAGCGGACAAAUUUGGUUUUCACAUUUAACCAGUACGCUUGUUAUAACGCCUGAAAGCCAAUGAAGUAAAAGCAAACAGCAUGAAAAACAUGGAAGCAUUAUGGCUUUAAAGGUGAAUAAAAUCAAAAUUUGUUCGAGAAAAGAUUAGGUUCGUUAGGAUGGGAAAAAAGUGAAGAAAAAACACGUUAAACACGCUGAAUGUAAUAACCACUAACUUAAUUAACUCCUCACGAUUUGUUUGCGAAUAUUGGAAGUUUGGAAGCUAAAAUUGGAAGCGAACACCGAAAAUACUCUCACUGGAGUAAUAGAUUCUGGACAAACAUCGUCGAUAGCAUACGUAAAGAAAAAGGAAAAUAGCUCCCCC